UGUCCCAGUUCCUAAUGUCAACAAAGAUGGCUGUGAGUCGUUAGCAACAAGUAAAUUUCUUUCAUUUCCAACUUUUAUUCACCUUCUAAACCCUUUGAAGAAAGUGUCACAAAACCUUAAACAGUUAAAAUGGGAAAGAAAGUCAAAAAGGAUGAAAAAGCACCUCCCGAGGAUGUAUUUGAUACUAUACUGGUUGAAAGCAGACAGGCAGCAACAGUUGUAUUAAUGUUAAGCAGUCCUGAAGAAGAUGUACAAUCUAAAGCCUGUGAAGCUAUUUAUAAGUUUGUUGACAAAUGUGAUGAGAAUAAGAAAACUUUAAUGGAUUUAGGUGCAAUUGAACCGCUGUUAAAAUUAAUGGGUAGUGAAGAUAGAAUAGCUAGAAGAAAUGCUUGCAUGGCUUUAUCAACUAUGUGUGCUAACUCUGAUGUAAGAAAGUUCUUGCGUAAAAGAGAAGAAUCUAUUCCAAAAUUUGUAGCUUUGCUGGUACCAGAAGAAGAUACAGUUGUUCAUGAGUUUGCUGCUUUAGGAUUAUCUGCCCUUGCUACAGAAUUUACAAGUAAAGUUGUUAUAAAUGAAAGUAAUGGUGUUGAACCGUUAGUUCGUUGUUUAUCAUCCAACGAUCCUGAUGUACAGAAAAAUGCCAUUGAAGCUCUAGCACAGCUUAUGAUGGACUAUCAAACCAGGGCAACAAUACGUGAUUUUGAUGGUUUAAAUUCAGUAUUAGAAUUAUUAAAGAGUGAAUUCAGCAUCAUACAGAAAUUAGCUUUAUUAACGUUAGAACGAGCUGCUCAAGAUGUUGAUAAUAGAGCCAAUUUGAGAGAACUAGAAGCGAUAUCUAAACUGAUUAACUUUUUGGCUCAUCCUGAAUGGAAUGAUUUACAUGUAAUGUCUGUCAUGGUAUUAUCUAGUUUACUAGAAGAUAUUGAAAGUCUUGAGCAAAUAAAAGAAACUGGUGGCUUAAAGAAGUUAGUAGCAAUUAUAACAGACCAAGCACCACCUGAAGAAGAAACAAAAAAACCUGAUAAAAAACCUGCUGGUAAAGGUGGCAAGAAGAGUGCUAAAGAAUCUGCUAAGAAACCAGCAGAAGAGAGUAAUGAACAGAAGGACGGUGAAGGUGUAAUACCAACUUUACCUGAUGUUAAAAUGUCAGCAGCUAAAGCUAUAGCCAGAUCUGCUAGAAAUAGUGAAAACAGAAAGAUUCUGCAUGAACAAGAAGCAGAAAAAAUGUUAAUUAUUCUCUUGUCUCAUGAAAAUGUUGAUGUACAGUCAUCGGCUGCCCAGGCUUUAGCUAUAAUGUGUGAAAAUCUCAGCAGUAGAGAUUCUGUGAGAGAAAUGGAGGGUAUGGCACCUUUGAUAAAAUUAUUGAACAGUGAAAAUGGUGAUGUAAAAGAAGCAGCUACUUUAGCUCUAGCUAAUCUUACUACAGCUAAUCUUGCAAACUCUAAAGAUGUGGUGAAUUUAAAUGGUUUAGAACCAUUAAUACAUAUGUUAUCAGACCAGAGAGAAGAAGCUGUUUCUAAUGCUGCCUGUGUUCUAACUAAUAUAGCACAAGAUGAUACUCUACGUGCUGAGGCCUUAAAUAAAGGAGCUGUUACAGCUUUAGUUGAACCACUUAAAUCAAGUAAUACCAUUGUACAAAGCAAAGCAGCUUUGGCAUCUGCAGCUUAUUUAUGUGAUGUAGAAUCUAGAACAGAAUUCCGUGAAGCUGGGGGUUUGGAGCCUUUGAUAGAUUUUCUUGAUUCUGGCAAUGAUGAUGUGAGACGUAGUGCUGCCUGGGCUAUAACAGUCUGUGGUGUUGAUGAAGCUUCAGCAGUAGAAAUAUGUAAAUUGGGAGGUUUAGGUGUUUUACAACAGAUUCAAUUAUCAGAAACCAAAAGAACACCAUUUACUGAUGCAGCAUUAUACAGAAUACUAGAUAGUAAUCUAUCAGCUAAAUAUUCUCUGACAGGUUAUAUAGGUUAUAAUAAUUUAAUAGAAGAUGGGUUCUAUGAUGCUGGACAGAUGAAGAAAGGAAGUAAAUUUUUAUCAUUAGAAGAAUUUUGUAACCAAGAAUUAAAUGACAAAAGACCAGUUAUUCUGAUCAACCCAAAACCUGAGGUGACAUCGGCUGAAUCUAAAACAGAAGAUGUUGGUCUUAAACCUGAAAGUUCCAAAACAAGUUUAUCAGGAAAAUCAUCAAGAACAGGCAGAGAAUCAAAAUCGAAAACAAAAGCACAGAAGGAAAAGGAAGAAAAACAGAAAGAAGAAUUACAGGCACAACUUCAAAAAGAAGCAGACGCCAUUGCUGCCGCAGAGAACUUACCAUUUGUAACUCCAGCAGAUCCAGUAUUAUUGGCUUAUAUUGAUGAAGUCAUGGAAAAAAUACAACCUUUACCUUCAUCACGUGAACAGGUUAUAGCAUUAUCAGAAUUUGUUUCGGAUAAAUUAGGAGGAUCUAUAGAUCGUGGUCAAGUGUCAAGUUUUAGUUGGGAGUUACCUGUCAGUCAAGUUAGAUAUGAAUUAAAAUCUAAUGUGAUACCCAUUGGUCGUCUUAAAACUGGUAUUCAUAUACAUAGAGCUUUGUUGUUUAAGGUUUUAGCUGAUCGUAUAGCAUUGAGUUGUACUCUAGUACGUGGACAAUAUAAUCGGGCAUGGAAUGAAGUUAUGUUAUAUGAUAUAGAUGAUAAUCCCACAUCUCCAAAAUUUCCACCAAAAGAGUAUAUCGUAGACUUGAUUCACCAGCCUGGAACAUUACUACCCGUUGAUACACCCAAUGCCGUGUCUUAUCAAAAAAUAUAAACUUACCAUUACACCAUUUCACGCAUAGCUAAUGUUAAUUUUUAUAUGAUAAAAUGUCCCGUUAUAUAUGAAGUUUCAAUGCCUUAAAAGUUAUAGUAUUUAAAAUGUAUGAUUUUAAAGUUGAUUAGAUAAUUCUGUACAAGAAUACCAAUAAACUGUACAAUAAAUGAAAACUCUACUAUUCUCAGCACUGUCCAAUUCAGUUUUAUUCCAAUCUAAUACUGGAUUUAUAAUGUCGGUUUGUUGUUACCCGUAAACGCUUGACUGCGACUCCCGAAUUUUAUUGGUGAAACUAUGGAUUUUUAGUCAGUAAAUCGGAAAGCUUCAAGAAAGCUUCAAAAAUCGACAUCUGUAAGCCUCGCAUAAUGUUUUUGAAUUUACACCAAUAUGGAAUUAAAACGAUUACAAGGAAUCAACCCCAUUAAACAGCAUUAUUAUAAAUGUCAAAAUGUUAUAUUUUACUAUAGGAUGAUUUUAUAUUUAUAAAGACUUGAAAUAUUGGUGUAAAUAAAGGUAUUUGUGUGAUAAUAUUAGUUACUGUUUGUACAUUUCAUACUGUACAUAUUGUCUUGAAAGUUGUAUAUUAUUAUUAUCUCUUAAUAUUUAUUAUUAAAGAUACAUUGUCCUGAAAGUA